AUGCCGCUCCCGCUGCAGCAGCAUGAACGGCAGCAGCGCGCCGCGGAGCAGGUUUUAGACCGGCGAUUAAGACCAGUGUACGACAUGGUUGACUCGCGGAACCUGAAAGGCGCAUUGAAGCUCGUUAAUACUCUUGUUCAGAAAGCGGGAAAUGACCAGGCUCCGAUUAAGCUGGUGAAGGCGCUGGUGCUGUACCGCAUGGGGCGGGAGGGGGAGGCGCUGGAGGUUUGCGGGGAGGUGCGGGAGGAGGGGCGCGCGGGGCAGCUCUCGGAGCGCACGCUCAUGGACCUCAUGGAUCUCCUGGCCAGAAUGGGCAAAGCCCACGCGGCAAUAGAGGCGUUUGAAGUGGCAGCAGCACAGCAGGCGGGCAACUUGAAAGUGCAGGGGGGGGCCCACGAGGCAGUGGAGGCGUUUGAAGCAGCGGCAGCGCAGCAGGCGGACAAUACCAAGCUGCAAGAGCUGCUGAUGGGGGCGGCACUUCAAAUAGACGCGUUUGAGGCGGCAGCAGCGCAGCAGGCGGAGAACAUGAAGCUGCAGGAGCUGCUGGUGGGGGCGGCACUGAAGAGCCGCGGCUACGUGAAGAUGCAGCAGGCCGCCAUGCGCAUGCACAAGAAGAGACCCAAAGACGACAGGUUCCUCCUCUGGGCCGUCUGUAGCAUGGACCUGCAGGCAUUCGAGAAGGAAAAUCACGCAGUCUGCCACCUUCCACCGUCCGUCUCCUCCUUCCACCUGCCAGCUCCUGCUGCCGCCACGUCAGCACCGGGUGCCACAUCAGCACCGCCCACACCCGCAUCAGCAGCUGACGUGGCAAAGCAGCGGCGGCAGCUGCUCCAGCUGGCAGAGGCGAUGGUCCAGAGAAAGGCACAGAGCGAGGGCGGGUUGAAAUCGGCUGAAGAGGACGGCACUGCUUCUCCCUCCUCCCCCUCUCCCUCCCCCCCGUUCUCCCUCCUCACGCUUCUCCCUCCUCCCCUUUCUCCCUCCUCCCCUUUCACCCUCCCCCUCCUUCUCUCCCCUCCCCCUUCCCCCUUUUCCCCCUUCUCUCUCCUUCCCCGUCUCGUCCGUCUCGUUCCUCCCGCUCCUCCCCUGCACUUCGCCUCACUUCGCCUGUACGUGGACCUGUUGAGGCGGCAGGGCAAAGGGGAGGAGGUGGUGAGAGUGCUGCAAGGGCCCAUGGCCGCCCUCUUCACAAUCAAAUCAGAUCUGCUGCAGAUCCGGGGCGAGGUGCAGCAGGACUUGGCGCGCUUCACUGAUGCUGCUGCCACCUUCAAGGACCUGCUGGGCGUGAGCUCCUCCGGAUCCUCUCCCGCCCAAGCAAUCUCCGUGUUUCACCGUCUAUGUAUGCAAUACCUCCCCCUCCACCAGCUCUUCAAGAUUCUCUCUGAAGCGGAUCGAUUCUUCCAGGGCCUCAGGGACAGCCUCUUGGCACAGCACUCAGCGCACCAGCGUCUCUCGGGCAGCGGGCAGCCGGAAAUGAAAAAAGUGGAGGAGGGCAGCGAGCAGGACGGGGCCCAAGGAGCAGAGGCAGGGGCAGAGGAUCCUAGUAAGGCAAGCAGCGCCAGUAGCAGUGAUGCAUCAGCUGUGGAAGCAGCAGCGAGCAGCAGCAAGGGUGCGCGCGUGGCGAGGGGACCGUUUCUGAUGCGCCUGGAGGUGCUGCUGAGGCGCAUGCGCCUGCUGCAGUGGUUCGGGUGCAGCCCAGGGGAGGUGCUAUCUGCUGCUGCCGACCUGGAGAGCGCCCUGCUUACCUACUUUGACAGGCAUGGCGACAUGAUCAGCUUUGCCUCGGACGUCCAAGCCUACGCCCUGGCCCUGCCCACGGAUGUCCGGGCCAGGCUUGGGGCCGAGCUCCGAAGCAAGCUGACAGGCUUGGAACCCCUAGGGGGAGAGGGAGGAGUCGGAACUGGAGAGAGCAGGGAGGAGCAGAGGGAGGGGUCAGGGAAGGAGGGGAGGAGUGAGGAGGGGGAGAAAGAGGGAAAGGAGGUGGGUGAGAGUGAGAGUGAGAGGAGGGAGGGGGAGGGGAUGAGGGAGAUGAGGAGGAGGCUGCGGAGGAUAAUAAGUGUGGAGCAGGUGGAUGGGUCCAUGGGUAACUGGCGGGCCCUGGAUGACCGUGCCCUCAUCUCCCGCGCACAGCACUGCGUCCGCCUCUUCCUGGAAGCUUCCCCGCUCUCUGCCGCUCUGGACCCCCGGGAGAAGGGGCAUGCGGACGAGCUGCUGCCCGUUGCUGCCUCCUGCCUCGUGGAGGUGUACCGGCGGCGCCAGCCAGAGGGCGUGGGCUAUCUCAUAGAGGCAAUCCUGGUGCUCACCUACGGUGCCUCCCUCCGCCCCUUCAGUCCGCUGUUCAACACCAUGCUCGUGAGCCUCUAUGGCCUGCUGGGCUGCCCCUCGCUUGCCCUCGCCAGCUUCCAGCGUUUGAGCGCCAAGCACAUACAGCUGGACACGCUCACGCACCUCGUGCUGCCGUACCUGCACCAAUCGGCAUCGCUCGCUGACGUCAGCGCGCUGCAUGCUGACAUGCGUGCUUUUUUCAACGACCACGUGUGGCGGGACAACGCUGAUGUCAGCAUGGAGGCUCUCAGGCGUGGCACGUUUUCAAAGCAACCCGUGCGAGUGAAUCAGCGGAAAGCUGCAGCAAUGCUUUCACCUGCAGCAAUGCUUUCACCUGCAGCAAUGCUUUCACCUGCAGCAGUGCUUUCACCUGCAGCAAUGCUUUCACCUGCAGCAGUGCUUUCACCUGCAGCAAUGCUUUCACCUGCAGCAAUGCUUUCACCUGCAGCAAUGCUUUCACCUGCAGCAAUGCUUUCACCUGCAGCAGUGCUUUCACCUGCAGCAGUGCUUUCACCUGCAGCAGUGCUUUCACCUGCAGCAAUGCUUUCACCUGCAGCAGUGCUUUCACCUGCAGCAAUGCUUUCACCUGCAGCAAUGCUUUCACCUGCAGCAAUGCUUUCACCUGCAGCAGUCCGUGAGUCCGCUGCCUUUCACCAUCGCGUGCAGCACUCCCACCAACGCCUCCUCAUCCGUGAGUUUGCAGCUUUCCACCAUCGCCUAAAUCACUCACACCAGCGCCUCCUCCUCUCGCCCAACUCCCUCCUCCUCUCCCUCCCCCUCGCCCUCCUGCCCCCCUCCUCCCACCCCUCGGCCCUCACCUCAUCCCCCCAACCCAAUCAAUCCGCUUCGGCAGCUCCGAACCAAACCGCUGCUUCCGAACCUGUGGCGCAGGUUCGGGAGGUGCUGCAGGCAGCAGGGGGCGGGCGGGAGGAGGUUCGGCAGGUGGUUGCGGAGCAGCUGGGUCUGGCGAAUGCAUCCCUGGUGAAGGCGAAUGCAGCCCUGGUGAAGGCGAAUGCAGCCCUGGUGAAGGCGAAUGCAGCCCUGGUGAAGGCGAAUGCAGCCCUGGUGAAGGCGAAUGCAGCCCUGGUGAAGGCGAAUGCAGCCCUGGUGAAGGCGAAUGCAGCCCUGGUGAAGGCGAAUGCAGCCCUGGUGAAGGCGAAUGCAGCCCUGGUGAAGGCGAAUGCAGCCCUGGUGAAGGCGAAUGCAGCCCUGGUGAAGGCGAAUGCAGCCCUGGUGAAGGCGAAUGCAGCCCUGGUGAAGGCGAAUGCAGCCCUGGUGAAGGCGAAUGCAGCCCUGGUGAAGGCGAAUGCAGCCCUGGUGAAGGCGAAUGCAGCCCUGGUGAAGGCGAAUGCAGCCCUGGUGAAGGCGAAUGCAGCCCUGGUGAAGGCGAAUGCAGCCCUGGUGAAGGCGAAUGCAGCCCUGGUGAAGGCGAAUGCAGCCCUGGUGAAGGCGAAUGCAGCCCUGGUGAAGGCGAAUGCAGCCCUGGUGAAGGCGAAUGCAGCCCUGGUGAAGGCGAAUGCAGCCCUGGUGAAGGCGAAUGCAGCCCUGGUGAAGGCGAAUGCAGCCCUGGUGAAGGCGAAUGCAGCCCUGGUGAAGGCGAAUGCAGCCCUGGUGAAGGCGAAUGCAGCCCUGGUGAAGGCGAAUGCAGCCCUGGUGAAGGCGAAUGCAGCCCUGGUGAAGGCGAAUGCAGCCCUGGUGAAGGCGAAUGCAGCCCUGGUGAAGGCGAAUGCAGCCCUGGUGAAGGCGAAUGCAGCCCUGGUGAAGGCGAAUGCAGCCCUGGUGAAGGCGAAUGCAGCCCUGGUGGGACCCAUCCCUUUGCGCUUCCUCAGACCCUUCCCAUUCUCUCACUCACUCUCCUCCUUGUCCCCAUCUGCAGGCCAAUCACCACCCGACAGCUGGACCAGCCUCGAGUCGCCACACAAGCAACAAUCCCGCGAGUCGCUGUUGCUACAGCACGCGCAGUCCAGAGGCCUCCUCCCCCGCCUGCUCUUCCUCUCCCUCUCCUCCCCCUCCCACCUCUUCCCACCUCAAGGGCCGAAAGGGGAGGUGGGAGCUGGGGUAGGUGCAGCUGCGGGGGGAAAAGGAGGGGAGGGCGCGGGGGGGAAGGGGAAAGGGGGGAAGGGGAAGGGGGGGAAGAGUGAAGGAGGGAAGGGGAAAGGGAGUGGAGGGGGGAAAGAAGGGAGCGGUAGUGGGAGCAAGGCCGAAGAAGGAACAAAGGCAAUGAGUUUAGUGGGAGCCUCAGGGGGUGGAGAGGAUUUUGAGGCGGUGCAAGGGGAGUGGGAAGCGGUGCUGCGGCAAUACUGCCGGUUGAGUGCAGUUGGGGAGGAGGAGAUGGAGCGGAUGGCGGAGGAGGGAGUGGUUGACUCCGCCCUGCAGCAGCAGGACCUGCCAUCUCUGCUAGCCCGGCUGCUCUGUCUGCUCUUCACCGCCUCGCUCUCACUGCACCGCCUCCAAUCCCCCACCACCGCUGCCACUACCAACACCAGCGCCACCACCAGCACCACUACUAACGACAGUGCACCCACAGCUGCUGCUGCUGUGAGUGCCAAGAGGGCGGUGGGACUGGUGCAGGCUGUAUCUGCAGCUCUGGCCGCCAUACUUCAGCUGCUGCACAAGGAAUGCGUGCUGCCAGCAGCUUCCACCGAAGCUUCUGCAGAAGCUUCCCAGAAGCACCUUCCGCCUCUGGUGGUUUCUGGGAAGCUGCUGUCAUGCGCUUUGGGAUUGUUUAUUGGUGAGUCUGCCUUUUGGUUGUCGAUUAUCAUAUCCCACUGGCACUCUACAGCACAGAGCCAACCACCUGUUGGGAAGAAGACAAAAAAGACCGCCCAGGAUGCGGCCCAGCAAAGCCUGCCGGACGAGGUGGUUCGGGCAGUCAAAGCUGCCCAGGAGUUGGCUCAGGCAGGACUACAAUCCCUGCGAAAGGCCUUGUCCGGUCAGAUUAGCGGUAAGGGUCGUCUGCCCGAUAAUGACAUGGCUUUUGCUCUUAUCGAGUUGCUCCCUGGCGUGAACAGUAGUGUAGCUGUAGAUGAUCAAAGGACGGUAGCAGGGAGAGUGGUUGGCGAUCUAUGCAAGGUGAAAGAAGGGUUGAAGGGAGGAGCAUCGGGCCAGCAGGAUGCAAGCAUCACUUCAACGGAAGGCAGAAGAGACAAGGAAAAUGGACUGCAAAGAGAUAGCGAUGGUGAUUCUGGAGAAGGUGGUAGUGGUGUGGAUGUGGCGUCUGGUGAUUGGAGCAUCAGCUCUGCUGCUGAGAGGGUGCUGUGGAGCCAUCGACGGUUCAUUCAGCAACUCGUUGCCUUGCUAGAUUUCCAGAUUAGCAUCCUAGGUUCCACUUAG